AUGGUCGCCACCCGCCUCUUCACCCUCAGCGCCCUCGCAAGUAUCAUCUACACAACCGCAGCUCUCGAGAAGCGCCAAGACGAUGACCAGACCACAGUAUCCGGCAGCACUGUAUCUAGUUUCGCCAUUCCAACAGUCACCGCGACCAAUGCCUUACCAACAGCAGUAACGAACUGCCACACUCACGACGACACGCCCUACUGCGUAGCUGACGGCGCCGACUGGGAGAUCGAGACCGACGUCGAUGAGACGAACCUUCCAGACGGAUAUGAGGACUGUCAACCUAAUGGUGAUGAUGGGGAUGAGAUAACGUGUGCUGCGGCUGACGGGGCUCAAGUCGUCCUUCAUCGCGAGGGGAAUGAUCAUACUGAUGGUGAUGAUGCUUCGAACUCCAUGUCGACCACAGGCACGGCGAGCGCACCUGCUGCGACUACUGGCCCGACUGCUGGUGGAGCUACGCCGGCUGCUAGUUCGCAGGCUAGUGAGAGCGCGGCUGCGGCUGCUGAGCAGACUGGUGCAGCUUCAGCCGUUGGUGCUUCGCCUGUGUCGUUGUUGGGGUUGAUUGUGGCGAUUUUUGCGUUGUGA